CCUCCUCCAAGUCGACCUUUGCUCUUUGUCAUCACUUGCCUUCAACCGUCCAGAGGCGAUGCCAUGAUUGCUUUGGACCUGCCGCCCUGGACCUGCUCCGCCUCUGGCCUGGCCGGCAUUGCUGCGUGUUCAAGCGAGGAAAAGUGUCGCAGCCUCGACCACCGCAUUCACCCGCGCUCUGAAACCUCCCCAUAUCGUCUGGCGGCGAGUUGCAGAGAUGGGGAGCUGGACGGGCUUCCUCUUGGCCUACCUGCUUGGUGGUGUCACUUUCUUACCUCUCAUAAUCCUCGUCGUACUGGCCCACGCCCACCUGACGUUACCCUACCGAGAAGAUGCCGAUCCCUCCAUACACAGUCACAGCGACAACGACCUCAUCCAACCCGGUGACGAUCUCGAAUCACUCAAGGCUGCCCAGAACGAGCCUACCAAGGGACACAUCAAACGAGUGAGCCACUCCGAUACCGAGACCGCGGCCGGAUACUUUGCAGUGUGCCGUGAAUACACACCCAUGGGCAUCAACGCCAAGCCGAUCGAGCGGUCCACUCCUGUCGGCAGCACAACCGUCGCGGCUCCGAGCCAGAGUGUCUAUCAGGCCAUGUACCGGAGCAUUUUCGACAGGAAACAGCAGCCUGGGCCUCUGGACAACGGCAAGAGUGUCAGUCAGCGGCCCAAGAAGGCAGGGAAUGUGUUCUUUGUGGUGUUGAGGCAUGGUCAUCUAAUGCUAUUCGACGACGACGAGCAGCUCGAAGUACGACAUGUCAUAUCCCUCGCGCACCACGACGUCAGCAUCUACUCGGGCGGCGAUGUCACACCCGAGGGCGAAUUGUUUAUCAAGAGGAAUGCCAUCUGUCUCUCACGGCGGCCGGCGGGCGUGGAACUGGCACCGGAUAGCCAGCUGUCCAAGCCCUUCUACCUGUUCUCGGAGAACUGCUCCGCAAAGGAGGAUUUCUACUUUGCCCUGCUGCGCAAUCAAGAGCAGGCAUAUGCGACAGAGGCACGAGCACCAGCGCCGCUGUCUUUUGAUGUCAAGCACAUCAUCAGGCUCGUGCAGAGACUGCACUCGUCUGAGGACCACGUACAGAGCAGAUGGCUGAAUGCCAUGGUUGGCAGGAUAUUUCUUGGGCUGUACAGGACGGCCGACACGGAAGCCUUCAUCCGGGAGAAGCUCAAUAAAAAGAUAUCACGCGUUAAACGUCCUGCAUUUUUACCGCAUAUCGAGAUCCGCAACAUCGAUACCGGAGAUUCCGCGCCAUACUUUACCAACCUUCGCCAUCGGGAUCUGACUGUGGAAGGGGAAUGCAGCAUGGAGGCUGACAUGCCCAAGAUGGAAAUGACCAUCGAGCCCAUCGUCAGCUCUCGACAGAUCACAUACACUGUGAUCCUCCGACAGAUCGAGGCACGGAUCAAGGAAGUCGUCGCCGAGACCCUCGUUCUGCCCUUUUGGGACGAUACACCGUUCUUUAAGACAGAGCACAAGAAAUGGCGCGGCGGCAUCUUUGCCGGAGAUGAUGCUGUCGAUCCUUCGAUGAAGUCAACACAUGCCACGGCGGAUUUAGGAGAGGUUGACGACAUGGAGGCCGUAGAGGCCGACACACCUCCAAAUUCCGAGUUGCCACCAAUGGAGAAGAGCCAGAGUAUGCCGAUCGUGGAACCUACGCCGUCGACCAGUCUUUUUGGUCUGAAGCUUGGUGGCAGAGGCAAACAGACCCCGCCGACAAAUCCAUCAUCUCCUAUUCUAGAUUCCCAUGGUUUCAAGGACAUCAAAGCAGAAGCCUUAUCUACCGGCAUUGAUACCAGAAACUUACCCUCUAGGCAGCUCUCUGAGCGCUCAGCGCCUCUAAUUGUCGAGUCAGCUCCCGUCACCGGCACAGAACCCGUGAAUGCCGAUGUCUUCAAGCCAUCAUCCCCACCAGGCGAGAGCCCAGCAGCGAGUGCCAUGGCCAAGCUCUCUGCCCGGACGAAGACGGCGCCAUUAUCAGGCCCAAGCUCGCCUCUCGCGAUGCCGGAGAGAGCUUCGACUGUAUCCAUACAGUCUACCCUCUCUUCGACAGAGAACACGGAUAAGGAAGCCAGUAAUGACGACUUACCGACGCUCCCUCGUCGGGGCACCACGUCUUCGACAGGCAGUAUGAAGGGUGACCCGGUCAUCACUAAAGCCUCACCGACUCCCUCCAUCAAUGGAUCCAUCAAGUCGCAAGGCGGCUCUUUCGGUCGGACGCUGUUCACAAAGAAGGAGGGCACGCCAGACACUACGUCUCUGGCAUCAACAGGCAGUGGAAGUACGGAUGGGCCCAACAAGAAGAUCUCGUUAGCCGCCGUGACGAAUGCAGCAGGAGCAGCCAAAAGAUGGGGCUGGAAUGCUCUUCAUCGCAACGAGGGCGGAAAGAAUGGCCAGGGCCAGGAAGCCAACUCUCCUGAGAUCGACCUGAGCAAGCCAAUGGGCGGUGGCAGACCACUGCCUCCUCCAGGCAUGCCUCUACCGAUGCCGGAAAAGAAGAAGGCGACAGCAAUCCCUGUGCCGAAAAGGAAACCCAUUCCCCCUCCUACUCUGCCCGAGAGGCAAUCCAACGCGAAAGAUCAUCCGCAAGAAACUAAAGAAGUCAAACGAAGGGCUGUUCCCCCGCCGCCGCUGCCUAGGCGGCGGCGACAAACAGGUGAGGAUACGCAGACUAAGCAGGGACAAGACAUGCUUGUGGUCGCUGCGCCCGAUGCCGAAUCCGAGCCGACCACACCAAUCCCAGAUGAGGACGGAGAGGGAAUUUACAGGCGUCCAUUUGUGGAGGACGCGGAAGAAGACGAACUGGACUCGCAGUAUCAAGCCGAUGAAUCCCUUGGGAACAGCAGUAGCGAGACCCCGCCUGCCUUGCCUUCCAGGAAUCAUACGGAUGUUUUCAGCCCCUCGCAACCACAAGGCGAGAACGGCGAGGAUGAUGAAUACUCAGCCUGGAUGGACAACACGGGAGAAGACGAAGCUCGUCAAGACUCUGUCCCGACUGAGAAGGUUGUGGCGGACUCGGCCGCCUUGGACACGCCCUCGUGAUAUACGUCUUAGAGAAGACGACCGACUCGACUACCCUUCAUUCUUAUGGGCAUUAUCCACUAUGGUACUCCCAAAAAGGACCUGCGUCACUGCCAGGGCCGUAUACGAUUGGCGAGCAGUGUCCCCAGCACAAGUGUGUUUUAUAUACAUAUAUGCAUAUCAACAGCUCAAUUGCGAGGCGUUAAAGGACAGAUGUGGGUUUUGAGAUCAUCUUGGCGAGGGCGGAGAACUCACCCAGCAUCAAGCAUUUGUGAAAUUCAGGCAUGCAUACCCACAACAUAGGUCAUAGAGCAAUGGCCAUAAUCACGGCCUCUAUGGCACGGUCAGGAAAUGAAACCCGUCUCAUUGAUUUAG